UCACCCGUGUUGUUUGUGUCGAGGGCUUUGUGGGGUGUGAAGUCUUAGUGGUGUAUUGAAACCAAGGCAGUAGUAGUAGUGGUUGGUGUUACUGCUACGAGUACUACUGCUGCUGCUACUACAAUUGCAUCAUGGUUAGCAGUAUUCAAUUGAAGCUGGUGAGGGCGGCAAAAGGUGGCGACUUGGAGGGGCUGCAGACGGCGCUGGAACGAGGGGGACAGGUUGAUGGGGGUGGGGGUUCAGGGAGGCAGGCUCUACAUGAGGCGAGUGAGGCAGGGCACUUGGAGGUGGUGAAACUUCUCCUGAACCAUAAGGCACAAGUCAACAGCAGAAGCAAGCGACAUGGUGAUGAAGGUGGUACUGCCCUGCAUCUGGCGACUGAGGCGGGUAAUGUGAAUAUCAUGGAAGAGUUACUGAAGGCUGGAGCUGACCCUGAGGCCCGCGACGAAAAGGGCAGGACCGCAGCUUUAUGGGCGGCUUAUGGAGGGCAGCAGGAGGCUUUACAAGUACUGGAAGGGCAGAACAAUGAGCUACUAUUCGCCUACGACUACGACCAUUCUACUGCCCUUCAUCUUGCCGCUGCCCAUGGGGACCUGAAAGUGGUGAAGUGGCUGGUGAAUCAUGGUCUGGACUGUGGGGCACGAGACCACCGCAACAAGACCCCCAAGGACAUAGCCAAGGAGAGGAAGUGGCAGGACGUUCACCUCUUCCUCAAGCAGCACCAGUCACCCUCCAAGCGGUCUCGGCCAAUCAGUCCGUGGCGAGGCUCAAUGGGUUACCUGUCCACUCGGAGCAAGACAAGUCACACCUCAGAGGACGAAGUGAGUUCCAAGGAGGCAGCAUCCUCCCUCCAGGACUCUGCCACAGCCUCGCCAAAGACUGCCACAGAGACAUCCACACCAGAGCCUACCUCCUUGCCCCUGCUGAGGGUAGAGGAGCACGGCAGACACACAGACGUUGGAUAUGCAUCGCUGAAUCUCAGUGAUCUGGGUGUGCAGCGCCUGGAGGAGGAGCCACGGGGGGCGCUAGCUGCUGAGCAGCACAGAGGGCGGAGGGACGACCCAGAGAGAGAGGCAGACAGAGACAUGAUAAUCUCCCUCAGAUCACAGCUGGAGACUCUGCAGGGGGAGGUGGCACGUCUCAGAGACAGGGACAAGACCACACAGGAGGAGCUGAGGCGGAGGGAUGAGGAGGGAGAGGCACUUAAAUUAGCAGAGGCGGAGAUGAAGGCGAAGGUUUCUCAGCUAACGAGGCGGCUGGAGGAGAGACAGAGAGAGGAGACUGAAAGAAGCAGAGCAGAGGUGCUGCCCCCAGGAUCACCAGUAACCCAAGUCAAGAUCAAGGAGCUGCAGAGACAGAACGAGUACAACCAAAAGAUCAUUGAAGACAUGAACGACGAGAUUGAUGACCUGUACAAACAAGUGAAGGUGCUGGAGGUGACUGCUGCCACUACACAGGCCAGACUAAAGGGGAAGGAGUCCCUGCUACAGGAGCUGGAGGAGGAGGCCAAACAGACAGAGGAGAAGCUGAAGGAGGAGGCUGCAAGGCUCUCCAAAAGAUUGGAGGACGAGAGGAGGAAGGUUACAGAGGCUCAGCAAGACUCCCAUUCACUGCAGCAGCUUCAGGGGGAGGAGGCUGCCCUCAGGAGAACUAUUGGUUCUCUGCAAGAGCAGUUGAGACUGCAGGAGACUGACUACAGGCAGCAGGGAGCAGCCCUUAGAAAACAGUUGUUGGAGGAGGAGGCAAGCCACCGGCAGGCUGUUGACGCCCUCAGGAAACAGCUGAAGGCAGAGGAGGACAGUAACAGAACUGUGAUUGCCUCCUUGCGCCAACAGCUGCAGGAUUCCACAGAGGUACAGGAGCAGGACUCCCACUUGAGGCAAUACAUUGCUUCUAUGAGGCAGCAGCUGCAGGAGGAAGAGACCGCCAAUAGAAAGAACGUGGCAGCACUGCGGCAACAACUUCAGGAACAGGAGGUCAACAAGAGAGAGACAGUGGCCUCCCUCAGGCAGCAACUGCAAGACCAGGAGGACAGCAGCAAGCGGUCUAUUGCCUCACUCAAGCAACAGUUGCAGGAGGAGGAGGACAUCAACAGGCAGACCAUCACUUCCCUCAGGCAGCAACUGCAGGACGCCACGAGUCAGCAGGAGCAAGGCACUUACAACAGACAGCAGAUCACAGCAUUGAGGCAGCAGCUGCUGGAGGAAGGAGCUGCCCACAAGAAAACCAUAGCAAGCCUUAGACAGCAGCUGCAGGAGCAGGAAGACAGCCACGUGCAGGCUGUCACCACCCUCAAGCAGCAGCUGCAGGAAGCCACAAACAAGCUUCAGCAGGACGCCCUCCACAGACAGCAGAUCUCGUCCCUCAAGCAGCAGUUGCAGGAGCAGGAGGAGACUAACAAGCAGACUGUCAAUGUGUUGAAGCAGCAGAUGCAGCGAGAGGAGCAGAACAGCAGGCAGACGAUGGCUGAGCUGAGGCAGGAGUUGAGUCGCAUGUCACUGCGCCACACAGAGGUGGAGCAGAAGUCCAUCACGCUGCAGCGUGAUCACGAGGAGCUGCUGCGGGAGGCGGAGCACCAGCAGGAGCGCAGCAGGAAGACGACUGAGGAGCUGAAUGCCUCUGUAGCUCACCUGACUGCCAGACUCCGGGAGCAGGAGGAGGCACUCACCUGCUGUAAGGAGAAGCUGCAAGACAAGGACAAGCUGCUGGAGGAGAAGCAGGAGGAGGCGAGGCUGAAGGAGACAACACUGAAGGAGGAGGUGGAGAGGAUUUCCCGACGCCUGGAGGAGGAACGUCAGAAAGUUGGGGCAGCUCAGGCACGUGAAUUUGAGACAUCUCGAAAGCUGCAUGAACAUGUCGGGGAUCUUGAGAGGAUCAUAGACUCACUGAACGAUGAGGUAUCAGAGAAGACCAGCAAGAUUGGAGAGUAUGAGCAGAUGGUUGCCUCGUAUCAGGUGCAGCUGCGUCACAAGGAGCGGCAGUUAGAGCAGCGGGAGGCGGCGGGGCAGCAGAGCGUGGCCACCCUGCAGCAGAAGGUGGACGCACUGGCUCAGAUGCUAGAGGAGGAGCAGCAGAAGACGGCACAGGGGCAGGAACAGCUGCAGGAGGCGGAGGAGAAACACCGGCAGGAAGUGGAGGCUCUCAAACAGCAGAUGCAGGAGGUGGUGGAGGAGGCAGAAGAGGAGAAACAGGGCAAUCUCUCUCUGCAGAAACAACAGCAGAAGAGGAUCCAGGAGUUACUGGUGCAGGAUCAACACAACAAGAGCAUUAUGAAUGAGAGAAACAACAAGAUUAAGGAGUUCGAGCAGACCUUCUCGUCAUAUGAGGUGCAGCUGCAGAACUACCGGAAGCAGAUUGAGCAGCAUGAGGCGAACAAACAGCAAACAAUCGCAGCGCUGAGUUCAGAAGUGGUGCGCUUGUCUCAGAAGAUGGAGGAAGAGAAACGGAAGGCUGCUGCUGCUCAGAACAGAACAACGCACCUCAUAGAACAGGACAGAGUGAACAAGCUAAACAUUACGGACCUGUCUAACAAACUGAGGGACCACGAGAGGACUAUCGCUGCUUUUCAGCGAGAGAAGGAGCAGAUUCAAGAGGAAGUAGCCAAGUGGAACCGUUCGAGUGAGUCCCAGCAGCUUGUCUCCAGCCAGCAGGAGCUUCUGAAGGAGACUCAGGCAAAGCUGGAGGCAGAGAGGCAGGAACGGGCAAGGGAACAGGAGGCAACUCAGCAGAGGAUGGCAGCCCUGGAGGAUGCCGUCGCUCGGUCCUCCCGCCAAGCCUCUUCCCACGUGUCAAGGUCAAGGUCACGUUCAAGGCCUGAGACUCCUUCAAGGGUCACACUAAUGCCUACUGGUAUUCCUAACCUUGGGAACACUUGCUACAUCAACUCAGUGGUGCAGUGUCUCUUCAGCAUCACUAUUCUAAGAGACUACUUCACCUCUGAUGCUUACAGACGGGAUCUGUACAGGGGCAGUGAGUUGCAGGGGCAGGUGGCGGCUGCUGUGUGUGGGGUGUUCAAGGGCCUGGAGGAAGGACAUGGUGAGAGAGACGUAAGGACGAGGAUUAAACACUUGAAGGAGGUGGCUGGGGUGUGCAGUGAAGAGUUUCGUGGCUCACAGCAGAAAAACGCCCACGACUUCCUCUCCUCUCUCCUUAAUUGGCUGCAUGAGGACUUGACACGGCCCUCAGGAUCCUCAGUGGUGACCAAGAACUUUGCGGGGUCUAUCCGUGAGGUGGUGCGGUGCGACAGAAGUGGUGAGGAGGUGAAGAGGAGCUCCAGAACCUUCACCACCCUCAGCAUUCCUGUACCGAGGGGGAAGGCGUUCAAUCUUCAGGACCUUCUGGAGAGCCACUUCCGGCCACACAACGAGGAGUGGGAGUGUCCUCAUUGCCGGAGAACCCACGUCUGCCGCCAACACACCCGCCUCAUACAGCUGCCGCCCCUUCUUAUCAUCCACCUCAGCAGGGUCGGCAAUCCACGCGACGGUCACUCCAAGAAGGCACGCGUCUCCUUCCCGCUAGAGAGCCUCACACUGCAGGAAUACAUGGACCACAGAGACCGCAGCCCCACCUACGAAUUGUUUGGGUUAGUGAGUCAUCAGGGGACGAUGAGCGCCGGCCACUACACCGCCUUCUGCAGGAGUCCCCCUGAUUCCACGUGGCGCCAGUACGAUGAUGACCAAGUGAGCGAGGUGCCACUGAGAAGAGUCCAGGCAGAGGCAGAUGUGCACGUCCUGUUUUACUCUCUCCUGAAAACCUGAUUCUUGGAGUACAGUGAAGGUGACUAAUUAGAAUGUUAUUGUAAUUACUAUUAUCUUUAUUGUUAUAGUUUUUCAAGACUGGUGACUCUCUCUCUCUCUCUCUCUCUCUCUCUCUCUCUCUCUCUCUCUCUCUCUCUCUCUCUCUCUCUCUCUCUUGUUUCUUUCUGUUUUGUUAGAAUAGUCGUUGUAGUUACGUUGUUUUCUUUUCUAUAGCUUGUUUUUUUACAGUAACGCAGGUAGAAAAACGUCAUUUGUAAAAUUUGUUAUAGGUAAUUCUCUCUCUCUCUCUCUCUCUCUCUCUCUCUCUCUCUCUCUCUCUGUCUUUUUUUUAUUAUAACGAAUAUUGUUUACUUUUUAGAACGUUUUUUACUCUAAAGUAGGCAAGUAAACGUUUGGAGGUUAAAAAGAAAAAGAAAAACGUUGUCCCGCAGAGAAGGUUAGCGUGUAAGAACGUGAAAGUUGUAAUGAUUGGUUGCCUGAUUUACUAUUCACUUCAGUUUUUGACGUGGUGACUGGAAAACUAUAUGCUACUAGAGGAAACGUUGCGGUGUGAAAAAGGUGUCUUCUCUCUAUAUUUACUGUGCGAGAACGUGACUGUUGAGAGGACUAUUUACUUUAUUUCCCUUUUUUCCCUUUUAUCUUUGUUUUAUUUCUUAUAUAUUUUUAUACAUCAACUCAGGAUGGUUUGAACGUAAUGCCAAGUGUAAUGAGUGAGAAUGUGUAGGUUAAGAUGACCAUUUCAGUGCUAUGUAAUCGACUUUUAUAACGUUGCACAUACACACAGGCGGUAAAUGUUUGAAGGUCAGGAGAAGUCUGGAGCAAAAAGCCACAGAUGGAUUCCCUGACUUAAUUGAUGCGCGUGGUGUGGCUUCAUCAAUAAAAUAUGUAACUG